AUUUCUUGCGAUCUAGAUCAACGUUGCCGCAAACGUUGGGCCCUCUGACAGGAGUGGCAAGCGUGAACGCAAACAUGAAAAUCUCUGCCCGACGGGCCUUCUUUCAGGCUCGGCGAGGCCUGUUCGAAGGGAGGUUAUGGGAGGGACCUCGCUUCGCAUCGAGUAUCGCGGGAGCAGAGAAGGCGCCCCUUAGUCGGGUGGAGCCAGACCAGUUCCUCAACGACCGGUAUGCAGCCAUGGAGGAGCGGCUUGCGGUGGUCCGCAAGAGACUCAACCGCCCUCUCAACUUUGCAGAGAAGGUCGUCUAUGGUCAUUUGGACGACCCUGAAGGCCAGGAGAUUGAGCGCGGGGUCAGCUACCUGCGUCUGAGGCCAGAUCGGGUGGCGAUGCAAGACGCCACAGCGCAGAUGGCUGUGCUGCAGUUCAUCUCCUCCGGCCUGCCCACCACAGCCGUGCCCUCCACCAUUCACUGCGACCAUCUGAUCGAGGGAACUACUGCUCCUCAGGAAGACAGGGACAACUCGUUUGGUGGGCCAGCUGACCUAGCGCAUGCCAUCAAAACAAACAAGGAAGUGUACGACUUCCUGUCCUCUGCCGGAGCAAAGUACGGCAUCGGCUUCUGGAAGCCAGGGUCCGGAAUCAUCCAUCAGAUUGUGCUGGAGAAUUACGCCUUCCCUGGUGGCAUGAUGAUUGGUACCGACUCGCACACGCCCAACGCCGGCGGCCUAGGCAUGUGCGCUGUGGGCGUGGGAGGAGCUGACGCCGUGGAUGUGAUGGCUGGCCUGCCCUGGGAGCUCAAGGCCCCCAAGGUUAUCGGAGUGAAGCUCACCGGCAAGCUGUCCAAGUGGAACUCCCCCAAGGACAUUAUUUGCAAGGUGGCGGGCAUCCUCACUGUCAAGGGUGGCACUGGUGCCAUUGUGGAGUACUUUGGAUCCGGUGUAGACAACAUCUCAUGCACAGGCAUGGGCACCAUCUGCAACAUGGGCGCUGAGAUCGGCGCAACCACCUCCAUGUUCCCCUACAACAAGCGCCAGUACGACUAUCUGGUCGCCACCGGCCGCGAGCCGGCCGCCAAGCUGGCCGACUCCUUCCGGGAGCACCUGCGCGCUGACGAGGGCGCCGAGUACGACCAGGUCAUUGAGCUCAACCUCAACGAGCUGGAACCCCAGAUCAAUGGCCCGUUCACGCCCGAUCUGGCGCACACGCUGUCGGAGUUUGCGGAGGCGCUGAAGACCAACAAGUGGCCCACAGAGCUAAAGGCGGGCCUCAUCGGCUCCUGCACCAACUCCAGCUACGAGGACAUGCAGCGCGCCGCCAGCGUCGCCCGCCAGGCCCUCGACGCCGGCAUCAAGGCCAAGGUGCCCUUCACGAUCACCCCGGGCAGUGAGCAGAUCCGCGCCACCAUCGAGCGCGACGGCCUCAUCGACAUCUUCAACAAGGUCGGCGGCACCGUGCUGGCCAACGCCUGCGGCCCCUGCAUCGGCCAGUGGAAGCGCACAGAGGUCAAGAAGGGUGAGGCCAACUCGAUCAUCACCUCCUACAACCGCAAUUUUGCCGCUCGCAAUGAUGGCAACCCGGCCACGCACGCGUUUGUCACCUCCCCGGAGCUGGUCACUGCCUUUGCCAUCGCGGGCGAUUUGACCUUCAACCCCGAGAAGGACACCCUGGUCGGCGCCGACGGCAAGGAGAUCAAGCUGCAGCCCCCCACCGGCGACGAGCUCCCCGCCAGGGGCUUUGACGCAGGUGAGGAAACCUACCAGGCGCCUGCCCCCGGACAGGUGGAUGUCAAGGUGGACCCCGAGAGCUCGCGCCUGCAGAUCCUGGAGCCCUUCAAGGCAUGGGACGGCAAGGAUGUCAAGGACGCCCUGGUGCUGAUCAAGGUGAAGGGCAAAUGCACGACUGACCACAUCUCCAUGGCCGGCCCCUGGCUCAAGUACCGCGGCCACCUGGACAACAUCUCCAACAACAUGCUCAUCGGCGCCCUCAAUAUUGAGAACGAGCAGGUCAACAGCGUCAAGAACCAGGUGACUGGUGAGUACGGCGCGGUGCCGGCGGUUGCGCGCGACUACAAGGCACGCGGCCUGGAGUGGGUCGUGGUCGGCGACGAGAACUACGGCGAGGGCAGCAGCCGCGAGCACGCCGCGCUGGAGCCGCGCCACCUGGGCGCUCGCGCGGUGCUGGUCAAGUCCUUCGCCCGCAUCCACGAGACCAACCUCAAGAAGCAGGGCCUACUGCCCAUCACCUUCGCCAACCCCGCUGACUACGACAAGGUGGGACCCUUUGACAAGAUCAGCAUCAAGGGCCUGACAGACUUCCAGCCCGGCAAGCCGCUGACAGUGGUGGGCAAGAAGCCAGACGGCGAGACCUACGAGUUCCCAGUCAACCAGACUUUCAACGAGAACCAGAUCGAGUGGUUCAAGGCUGGCUCAGCCCUCAACGCCAUGGCCGCUGCCAAGAAGUGAGAGGGUUGUGCUUUGCGCUGAGGCCUCGGAGUCCUGUCAGCUGCUAUUCGCUUCGUGUGACCCCCUCCGCUGGAUUUCUGGCCUUUCAUGAGACGCUUUUUAGGCAGAUAAUAUGAGAGGACAGGUUCAUUGCGAGGUGUUAUUUGCUGUGUCUCAAUUCUGGAUUGGAAGUGGGGCAUGUGUUGCUUACGUGGGGUCAAUCAUGCUUGAGCCUUGACAAGCAUGGCUGUUCUGCUGUAUAGGUUUGUACUCUUAGUUGCAUGCCUUGCCUUCGCCCUCGGGGGAGGGCAUUGCUCGAGUGUCUCUGCCAUAGCAGUGCAUAUUGUAACAGGUGUCCAGGAGUGGAAGUUGCACAUUAUGCAAUCGACCAGCCUGCAUGCAGAUUUAUUAGGGAUGUCCGGCAGUGUGUCAUGGCCGGACCUAUUCCAGGGACUGCUCGGCACAAAGUCUGCAUUCGGUGUUUGGUAGGUUCUUUACGAAAGCAAGCAGUAGUUGAUGCAUCGUAUUUCGGCCGGCGCGCGCUAGCUUUGGGCAACGGCACGCCAAUUUGAAUGGCUUGUAUGCAGCUACUAACAUAAAGUAUUGGCCUGUAAUAUCUUGCCAUGCAG